UUAAUAUUUAAAGGCUGGGAUCACUUUGCAGGUUUUAGUUUAAAGGUAACCAUAGCACACACACACACAUUCAUUAUUAAUAGCAGAGAUGCACUGUAAGUUCUUGGGAAUCUUCUUUCGUUUUGAUGUUAGUUUCAUAUGAGUGCUGCUGUCACUAGAAUUAAGCUCUGGUAUUGCUAUAUGGAAAGUGGACUAAUGCAGUAACCAGGGAACCAGAAUUAUGUGAACAGCUUAUUAUGUGGAUGGGACCAUGCUGAAAAGGGAGAUGAAGCCAGAAAAUGACAGGUCACGGAAAGUCCGGUUUCGGAUCGCGUCAUCUCACAGUGGGCGAGUUCUGAAGGAGGUAUAUGAAGAUGGGCGACCGGCAGGCUCUCUGGAUUCUGAAUGUGCCAGUAUCUGUGGCAUAGAUGGACUCAGUGAGUCUGAUGGACAGCAGAAUGGCCACAUAGGAUCGGAAGGGGACGAGCAGGAGAAUGACCAGGAUAACUUGCUGGUGUUAGCAAGGGCUGCCAGCGAGAAGGGGUUUGGUACAAGAAGAGUCAACAUUUUAAGCAAAAAUGGCACAGUCAGAGGUGUUAAAUAUAAAGUCAGUGCUGGACAAGCUCUAUUUAACAAUUUGACCAAAGUAUUAGAGCAACCAUCCAUUGAACUAGAAUUUGACCGCGUAGUGAUUUAUACGACUUGCCUUCGUGUGGUACGGACAACCUUUGAAAGGUGUGAACUGGUAAGAAAGAUCUUCCAAAACCAUCGGGUAAAAUUUGAAGAGAAAAACAUAGCUCUGAAUGGUGACUAUGGAAAAGAAUUAGAUGAACGAUGCCGACGGGUUUCUGAAGCUCCUUCGCUUCCUGUCGUGUUCAUCGAUGGCCAUUACCUUGGGGGUGCUGAGAAAAUUUUGUCAAUGAAUGAAUCAGGAGAACUGCAAGACCUCUUAACCAAAAUUGAGAGAGUGCAGCAUCCACACGAGUGUCCCUCCUGUGGAGGCUUUGGCUUUCUUCCGUGCUCCAUCUGCCAUGGGAGCAAAAUGUCAGUGUUUCGAAACUGCUUUACGGACUCUUUCAAGGCCCUGAAGUGCACGGCUUGCAACGAGAAUGGCCUUCAGCGCUGUAAGAGCUGUGUUGGUUAAACAGAGCUCCCACCCAUGGGGCGCCUGGUUUCAUUGACUGAAAGCAAUAAUUUGGUUUAUACUUUUUUUUAAAAAAUGGCUAUGUUUCUGGAUUAAUCAAUAAACUUUGUUUAUUAGAAUUUCCUUUGUUUGGAGCUUUUGCUGUGACCACUUUCAUUGAUGUUUUAAAUAAAUGUUUAUUCAACCGCUACUAUGUGCCAAGCCCUGUGCUAGACCCUGGUUUCUAAUUGGAAUUAAUGGAGGGCCUGAUAAAAUUCCAAGAUAUCCAAAGUCUGGUUCCUUAUAUGUGUUUGAUUUUCUAAAGAAAAUAUACAAUGUAUCCAAUGGUGUCUAUUGCAAUGCCACCCUAUUGUUUAGGAUGAGUUAAUUCAACUCUCCAGAUGCAUACAUUUUAUGUGAGCCUCAGCUGUAGGGAAGAAGAGAGCUCUGGGUAGUGGGAAAGAAUAUGAUCUUACUUAUACUUAAGGAGUAAAUUAUUUUUAAAGCUGUAAAGUAGUCUUGGAGCUGAUGAUAUUAAUGAUAAAUUAUUAAUGUUAUCCGAUGAAUUUCUUAGUGAUGAUACAAAAGCUGCCAGAAGACUUAUCUGGAUUUAUUGUUUUAAACAUCUGCUUUGUGCUGUUGUCCCUGAAAACCCUCCGGAAAGAUGCUGUUAUGGUUCUCUUGAGCUGGACACAAAAUAUUACAUAGUUUGAAAACAUAGUAGACGAUAUCAGCAAAGUGGACAAAAGGAAUUUCUGCUAUAAUUAUUAGCUGAUGCCUACCUGUACAUGUGUCUGUACUCUGAUGGAUUCCCUUAUGAAUGGUUUUAACAAAUCACCUUCACUAUAUCUGUGAUAAGGUAAUUAAAACGUUUUACAUCUUGGUUUUGCAAAAAGCUAUAAAUAUUUACCGAGUACUUUCUAAUCAUCCAGGCAUAGUAGAAGGCAUGGUUUCUGCUUUCAUGGAGCUCACACUCUAAGAAAGAAGGAAGUAUUAAACAAAUAAUCAUAAGCAAGGUGAGUCUUAGAAAUACUACACAAAUGGUACCGUGUGCUCUGGGAAUGUGUAGCAGGAGGGCCAACCUAGAUGAGUUAGAAAACGGUAAGAAUAGACUUUGUUGAGCAACUGAUAUUUAAACGGAGACAUCAUGGGUAACUGGUCAACUAAUUAGCCACAGAACAAGGGGGAUAAUACUUCAGGUAGAGGAAUAGCAUGUUUGGGGCCUCUAAGAUCAGAUAAAAGUUGUUUGAGUGUUGGUGUGGAUAUGGCAUAACUUAAACUCAUACAUUGCUAAUGAGAAUGUUAAAUGGUACAACCACUUAGGAAAGCCAUUUGAUUGUUUCUAAUAAAGGUAAACAUAUGCUAAUUGUAUGCUCAGCAAUUUUACUGCUACUUAUUUAUUCAAGAGAAAUAAAAACAUAUGUCCAUACUGUAUAAGAGUUUCAUGGAAGCUCUAUUCAUGAUAGCCAAAAAGCAGAAAGAUUUCAGACACCAAUGACAGGAGAAAUGAUAAGCAAACUGUAGUAUAUUAAUACAGGUACACACUUCCUAGGAGUAAAAAGGAACAAGCUAUUGAUUCUAGCAAUAAUAUGGAUGAAUCUCAAAAACAUUUUAUGAAUAAACUUAGCCAGAUACAAAGGGUAUGUACUACGUGAUUCCAUUUAUAUGAAGCUAUAGAAUAGGCAAAAUUAAUCUAUAGAAUGGCUGCCUCACAGUGGGGAGGGGACAGGAGGAGGAAAUUAAAUAUGAACAGAACUAAGACAGUGGUAGAGUUAUGGCUAGUUGAGAGUAGAUUUCCCCUCUGUCAGGAAAAAUGAGUUUCUUGCAUCAAGUUUCUCAUCACAAUUCCAAUACGGUCCUGAGAUUCUAGAAUUAAGUAGUAAGGCCUAUCCAAAAGUUCCUGACUACUCAGGCCUUGGCUAUGUUUUUGCAAAUUCAACCAUAGUCCCAGUGUCCUCUUGUCUGGGGGGUACAUUCAGGAUGGAGAAAUACAACAGUACAAGAAGUUCUAAUUUUCAGGCCCCAUCUUGGACUAUGGGUUCAGAGGACAAAAACUCGCUGACUUUCAACUGUGUUCAUGAGGCAUUUGUUUUGCUUUCUAUCUUUAUUCUGUUUUUCAUGUACUGGCAUUGAACUAAAGUGUUGUGUUCUCUGCUAGUUAUUGGUGAGCCUCUAAAGAAGAGCAUUAUGAAAGAGUGAUGAAAUUUAAAAGAAAAUCUUAGACAUCUUGUAGAAUUGCAGAAGUUAAUGAGAGAAAGAGGCUCAGAAAAUAAGCUCGUAAUAGGCUUAUUUAAACAUAAAUUUGUGUUAACUUUCAGAGAGAACUUGGUUUAGACGCUUCACAUCUAUCUGCUUCAGUCUUAUAAAAUGUAAAUGCGAAGUAAUUAAACCUGAUAUAUUUAUUCUGCACCGUUGUUGUGUGGGAUUAAUUAGAAUAUAUAGGAAAGUACUUUAAAAACACAAAGCAUUAUACAGAGGCAUAGAAUAAUUUCCUAAUCACCAUGAAAAUUAUGCAUCUUCAAUAUAUCCUUUUACUGACCAGAUAAGGAAAUGAACUCACAUUCAUUGGACACUUCUGUUUGCUUGGCUUUUUAGAAGGAAUCUCACUUAUUCUUCACAAUACUGUGAAGAAACUGAGAUUCGGAAUGUUAAUUCACUUUUCUAAAGUCUUGAAAUGUAUCCUAAUUUGUUGUAUCUUAAGUGUCCGUGUGAGCUGCCUUUAUCUCUGGUAUAAAAUGGGAAAUCAGUCGAGAGCAAACAACAAAGCUGCUCAAAGAUAAACACCUACAUAACCAGUAGAGUCGAAAUGAAGAGAAAGGUCUGUCCUGUGCUUCUGUGCUCUUAUAACUUCUUCUCUGGAAGUAUUCAUUGAUUUCAAAAGCCAGGAAGUGCUGGCUGUUGGCAAAGGACACAGAGUAAUGCAAUCAGGCCGUGGAUAAUUUUUUUAAAAAGAUUAAGAAGAGGAAAUCAGGAGAUGAUGCAUACCUAAUAAUAUAAAUAUAUAGUAAUUUUUUAAUCUUCUUGUUGUCCCAGGGUCUUUUUUAAAGAUAAAUUAUUGGUAGAUUGAUUGCAGUUUUGUCUGGUCUUUCAUGCACAAACCUCACACAUCGCAGAGAAGCUAGUCUGUAGUUCCUCAAAGCAGAGUGAAAAAUUUAAACUUUUUUGGCAAGCAAUAUGCAUAUAAUAUCCUUUUAGAUUUCAGGUAUUGUUUCUCCUGAUCUUUUGUAGUUUCCUCACCUAUAAUAAUUUGACAGUAAUUUUUUUGGUUUUUUACUUGACUUCAUAGAGUUAUUUCUAAGGCAUUAAACUUAGUUUCCAUAGAAUAAAAUAUAUUUCUCUUUGUUCUCAAAUUUAACCAGUCUGUGUAAUAUUUCGUUGUAAUAAACUAUUAUACUCAAUAAAAAUUAAUGUGUUAUUUACUUAUAUAAUUAUACACAUAAUUGUAAACCCAAUUACAAGGCAACGAUUUGGGAAGAAACGAAACUGACUCUUGAUAGAUUCUGUUUGCUGGUAGCAGAAAUAUGCAGGCGGAGAGAGUGUUUCUCCUGGUGGUAAGCAUUCAGCAGGCAGGAGACAUCCGAAGGAAUGGGGAGCGUCUGCCAACCUUGGAAGUCUGCAAAGUGGAAAUUGACUAUGAAAGCUUGAGCUAACUGACGUGACAGUAACAGUAACCAGGGACAUUUAAUAAUAUGCUCAAGGUCAUUCAUCCUCACCUUCUGCCUUUCAGGUUCAUCAGCAGCUGGUAUUGCUUAGCUACCAGCAUUUCAAAAUGCAGCCUGUGUUUGACUUGCAGUGUUUGACUGGAGACUCAGUUACUUUGGAAGAUAUGUUGUUCUCUGCAAGGGUGAAACACUUCCACACCUGCUUCACUUAGAAAGAGACAGUUUCUCUCUGUGUCUGGCUUAUUUCCACUUCACACAAUGUCCAAGGCAUGAUCUCACUUAUAUAUAUGGAAUUUAAAAAGUUGAAUACAUAGUAGCAAAGAGUAGAAUAGUGGUUACAAGGGGUGGGGAGCAGACAAACAGGGAGAUAUUAGUCAAUGGGUACAACGUUGUAGUUCUAUUGGAUCAAUAAGUUUUAGAAAUCUAAUGUACAGCAUGAUGACUAGAGUUACUAAUGCUGUAUUGAAUACUGGAGAGUUGCUAAGUGAGUAGAUUUCUGGUGCUCUCACCACACACGCUUGCAUACACACGCACACACACAUGCACAGGAAAGGUAAUGGUGAGGAGAUGUGUAAAUUAACUUGACUGUAGUAAUCAUUUCACUAUGUAUAUGCAUAUAACUCAUCAUGUUUUACCUCUCAAAUAUAUACAAUUUAUAUUAAAAAUAAAAUAAAAUUAAAAAAUUAAAAAAAUAGACAGUCUUACUGAACAUACUGACCCUGUUUUGCUUUACUGGAAGCCAUUACAGGGUUCUUAUCAGGAAGCACUCCUCUUUGGAGAACCAUUGGAAAUUCUUUGAUGGGAGAAAAAUUUUUUUCAAGUAUGGGGGAGUAUCCAUGUUUCAAAGCAUAAUUCCUCUAAGAAAAGAAAGAAGACCCAUUCUGAUGGAAACUUUUGUUCUGUCCCUAUUUGGAACUUUUUGAACUUUUUCAUUGAACCUAGCAUAGAACACACUGGAAAACUCAAAAUGCAUGAUUCAGUAGCAAGGUAACUUUGAAGAGAAUAUAACUUUCAUAGAAGAAUAUAAGAUAGCCUAAAAGCUUUGCUUAUAUGUAGCAAAUCUGAAGCCGACUCUUAAUACAUACCUAGAAAACCCAUAUUGAUUCUCUGCAUUGUACAUGGCUCAGUUAGCAAUCUCUGCUCUUAAGUAGUUACUUUUUUUCCCUCUGUUUUCUGUGAUCUUAACCCUUUUCUUUCCAUCCCCUUGUUAGAAGAAUAUCAAUAUAAAUGUUAUCUGAGUACCCAAAAGAGAGGUAGAUAGAUCAGCUACAAAGCAAAAUAUUUGCAUCAUCUAGAAAAUGGUGCUAGAUGUGGUCCCUAUUUUAUACAAUAAAAGAAAAAUGUUAAUACAAAUGGAAAAUAGUGAUCUUUUAAAUGUUUUUCUUAUAAAUUGCUAGUUGCUUUGGUCCGUGUUUUGCAUAUUGUAUAUUUUUGUAUACUGCUUUGCAUUUGACAGAUGAAGGCAUUGUGAAGCCCGAAAAACCCCCAGGAGAAGCAUGAGUACCAAAUCUAAGGUGCUGUUUCCUGGAAGACCAGAUGCCACUCAUUGCUGUGAAGUUUACAUAUUUGCUUUGACCUUUGGAGGUCUGUUUUGAGUGGUUUCCUGUUUGCUGUAGAUUUUGCCUGGAAACAGAAUUGUCAAUAUAUUUUCUGUCACAUUUUUUUUUUUCUGACUAGGAAAUAUUAUAGCAUGUUUAAUCCUAGGAAAGAGAAAUAUAUCUGUUUUUCAGAACAUUCUUCCCUAAGGUAAAAUUGUACUCUGUAUUUUUUCAGUAGUUGCUAUGAAUCUUUUGCUGUUAUAAUAUGUGAACAGCUGUAGUAGUGUGUUACCCCCACUAUGUCCUCUUCCCAUUUUCUUCUCCUUCCAUGUUUGUAGAAAUGGGAAUUGGGGAAGCUCUUUGAGCCUAUUUAUAAUAGAAGUCUCUGAAUAAAAUACAUGUUUGUUAACAAUGUUAUUGUGAUAAGUAAUUGUGUGUAGUAAUUCCCUGAGUUUCUGGAAUCAAAACUAAGCAUGGGAUUCUCAGUUAAGAAAUGUACCAGGUAUUGUGAGGGCUACAAAGAUGAAUAUAAUAUGACUUUGUCCUAGCGUGAUUGGAGAGAUAAGACAGGUUAUAGGUAAAUAUAACACAAACUCUGUCAUGUAGAUUAUUGGAUCUCAGAUGUCUGGUAAAGAUGCUGAAUAACGUAAGUUGCCCAAAAGGGCAGAAUAUAUGAACAUGGGAGCCUUCUUUGAGGGCUUAGCUUGAAGCAGUGCCUUUAAUAAUAUCUAGAAUUUCUAUAGGCAAAGAUAUGGAUGGAAAGUCAUGCCCAGCUCUGAACUCAGGCAGGUGGAAAACAAGGUGCUUAGCACAACGUCUGGCAGAUGGCAAACAUCCAUUACAGGUUCCAAAUGAUCCCAGAGAUGAUGAUGAUUCCAAUGUGUCAUUGUGAUUAGGAGCACAAGCUCUGGAUUUGAAUUAUUUGGUUUUGAAUCCCAGUUCUGCCGUUUGCCAGCUCUGUGACUUUAGGCAAGUUUCUUAU